UGCCUGUGCUUUUAAAGCGGUAUAAUAUAUAUAUAGAGAGAGAGAAAGAGAAGAGAGAGCGAUAUUUGUACUGUGUAUCACUCCUUCUGCUUCUUCACUGUGUUAUACCGCAAAACACCAAUUAAGCUAAGCCGCCGCAGCAACAAUGGAGCAGACUUUCAUUAUGAUCAAGCCCGAUGGAGUCCAGAGAGGCCUGGUCGGUGAGAUCAUUGGCAGAUUUGAGAAGAAAGGUUUCACUUUGAAAGGUCUGAAGCUCAUUACUGUUGAUCGUGCUUUUGCUGAGAGGCACUAUGCUGAUUUGUCGGCAAAGCCGUUCUUCAAUGGGCUUGUUGAGUACAUUAUCUCUGGCCCCGUUGUAGCAAUGGUUUGGGAAGGUAAGAAUGUGGUAACUACUGGGAGAAAGAUAAUCGGGGCGACCAACCCUGCUGACUCUGCUCCCGGAACCAUCCGUGGUGAUUAUGCCAUUGAUAUUGGCAGGAAUGUCAUUCAUGGUAGUGAUGCAGUUGAGAGUGCAAGGACGGAGAUUGCUCUUUGGUUCCCAGAAGGAAUUGCUGAAUGGAGCAGCAGCCUCCAUCCCUGGAUCUAUGAAUGAACUUCUUGGAUCAAACCUAUUAAUUAUGUUGUAUGACUCUGUCACAAUUUGGAUCCUGUUGUAUCGCUAUUUUGAUUUUGAUCCCAUCGUAACGCUAUUCGAAUCCUGUUGUAUGGCUAUUUGUAGCAAAUUAUGAAUUUUGAUCUUUAACAGGAUUUGUGAAUCUUGUGUUUUGGAGGUUAUUGAUGU